AUGGCAGAUGGUAUACAUGUAGUGCAUUAUGAUAAGGAUGUGAUGGAAGGCUUGAUUGUCAAUGCAGCCGAAACUAAGGAUGUGCCUGUAUUUGUAGAUGUUAUCGAGCUGGAGGACGGACUGAUUGGGGACAAUGAGGACCCAUACAUGUUUCAAGGUUUAUCUAAAGAAUGUGAAGAUAUUGGUAAGAGCUCUGUUGCGAGGAAAAUCAUCAAUGUGGCUGACUCGUGUGAUUGCGGGGAUGAGGUUGAGCAGCCUCAUGUAUUUGGAGAUGUCUACCUUGAGGUGGAAGAAGGAUAA